CUGGCGUCAGUUGCCAACCCCAUCGACGUCAGUGAGCUGCCUGCCAUCCAUGGUCCUCUUCGAAGCCUGCUUUGCGCCCGAACCACCCGCGUCGACGUUCUGCAUCGGCGCGCCGUAUGAAACCUCGCACGACCUGCACAUCUAUUACAACUACCAGGCCGCACGCUACGAGGUCAAAGGCGACGCCGGCCGCAGCCUCGACGCCUGGAACAUGAACCAGCACUUCAACCUGCCAAUCACGCACAUGCCUCGGACAGAGCUGUGGCCCUACACGGAACGAAUCCCUGCUGUGCUCGUCAUGCUACAGCACCAGUUUGCGCUCCAUCAGGGACACGUCAUGCCCUACAUCUUUCGCGAAAGCCCAGGAAAGGCCGCCCGGGACCGCGCGAUUGCCUCGAUCAACAGUGGUACAUUCUGUGGCGCUGACGUCGACGACGUGCGCAUUGUUGCUGACCUCAUAAAGGUUUGGUUCCGUGAGCUCCCCACACCGCUCUUGCACCGCGUGUCUAUGGCCGCCAUGGACAAGUUCGUGCACAGUGAAGGCACCGCGCUACCCGACCUGGAUCCGGCCGAGCAUGCCAUCCUGCUCUGGCUCGCAGACCUUCUUCUCCACGUCGCGAGCGCCGAGUCGAGUAACCACAUGGGCAUUGAGCAGCUCUCGAUUAUUCUCGCACCCAACCUCAUUCGUGUCGACACGCCCAACCCAAUGGUUGCUGUCGCUGCGUCCAAGGCGAGCGUUGACUUUCUGCGUCACUUUCUGCUCGAGCGUCAAAAGGAGCUUGCUGCGUAGACCAUCAUCCUUUGCCUUAUUUAAUACUACCCUUCCUGCACCGUGUUC